AUGCAAGAAAUGCCAGUAAAUCUACUUGACAAUGACGGUGAAGUGGAUGAGGGAACCGGAGACCAUGGAGUCGAAGACGGAGAUAAUAUAAAUGUUGUUGGACUCAUACUUGUCAUUGGCUUCGGAUACGAUAGUGUGAAGCAUUGUGUCGUUGCGGAAGACCAAGUUUGGGAGGCGUAUCUUCAGGUCCAUAAAAGGGCGGGAAAAUGGAAGAACAAACCGUAUCCUUUUUAUGAGGAUCUUUGUAUUAUAUUCGGAAAAGAUCGUGCCACAGGAAAUAGAGCAAGAGAUUUUGUUGAGGCGGAACAGGAGAUGCGUAUAGAAGAUCAAACACAACACAUGAAUGACGAGUCCGAUGACGUAAUGGCAACUAGCAAUGUUCAAGGUGGGAAUGCAAAUAUGCAAUCUGAAGAAACUUCAACUGUGCGUCGUAAGAAGAGAAAACGUCGAGUAGAUCCCAUGGCUGAUGGAUUUAGUAAUGCGGUUAGUAAACUUGGGGAAACUUUGGAGAAAAUGGUGAACAAACUUAACAGGGGUGUAGAACGAGAAGACGAACUUGAUAAGAAACGUUCGAUGAUCACUUCUGAGAUAUCAAAAAUGCAGACGUUGGCCCAACGGGUGAAGUUUAAAGCAAAUUCAUUGAUAAGAGACGAUCCUGAAAAGGUGAACACGUUUUGGGAUUUGCAAGAAGCGGAUAGGGAAGCUUAUGUCGAUUGGGUUUUAAAUGAAGCAAAUAGGUGA